CUCCCGGUGCAGGCUGCGGCGUCGGGGCGGCGCGAGGGCCUCAGUCCGCGGAGCCGUGAUGCCCUCUCUGAAGGCUGUGCUUUCCCAAGAGGGGUGUGGGGAGGAGGAAGUGAACUAUGGAUCACAGACAGUCAGGUCCCAGGAAUCGCUGACAUUCCAGGACGUGGCCGUGAACUUCACUAGAGAGGAGUGGGAGCGGCUGUACCCUGCUCAGAAGAACCUCUAUCGGGACGUGAUGCUGGAGAACUACAGGAACCUGGUGGCUCUGGGGCAUCAGCUUUAUAAGCCAGAGGUGAUCACUCAGUUGGAGCAAGAGGAGCUGCGGUUAACAGAAAGAGAUGGCCCCCUGGAAACCCCUCCAGAUGCAGAGAACACACCUGAAGUAAAAAAGUCAGCUCUAAACCAGAGUAUUUCUGAUGAAAACCAAACCCAGGACAUGAUCAUGCAAAGACUAACAAGAGACAGUUUCUGGUACUCCAUCUUAGGAGGACUCUGGGAUUUUGAUUAUCACUUAGAGUUGAACCAAGAAAACCAGCAGAGAUAUUUGGGACCAGUAUCUCUCAUCCACCAAAAGCUCACACAGGAGAGAAACAGCAAAUGUAGGAGAUCAGAGGACAAUUAUGGUCAGAGAAAUCCUUCUCUUCAAAUACCCCUUUAUUAUGGCGCACAAGGAAAUAGCCUCAGACAUGGCUCAGACUUGAUCUGCUAUCAGGGAAACCCUGUGAGAGAGAACCCCUGUGAAUUUAACGAGUGUGGAAGAACCUUCGGUCAACAUAUUCUUCUUCCUAGUAAUGCAUGUGCCAUGGAGAACCCCAGGGAACAUGGAAAGGCCUUUAGCCACAGCUUGCCUCUUGGCCAGCCUCAGCCAAUGUUAACGGGAGAGAAGCCCUACAAGUGUGAUGACUGUGGGAAGAGAUUCAGCCAGAGAAUACACCUCAUUCAACAUCAGAGAAUUCACACAGGGGAAAAGCCUUUUACAUGCCAUGAGUGUGGGAAAGCCUUCCGCCAGCAUUCCUCCUUCACCCAGCAUCUGAGGAUCCAUACUGGAGAGAAACCCUAUAAGUGCAAUCAGUGUGGCAAGGCCUUCAGCCGCAUCACGUCUCUCACCGAGCACCAUAGACUUCACACGGGAGAGAAACCCUAUCAGUGCAGCUUCUGCGGGAAAACCUUCAGCCAGAGGACACAUCUCAACCAGCACGAGAGGACCCAUACUGGAGAGCGGCCUUACAAAUGUCCUGAGUGUGGGAAAGCCUUCAGCCAGAGCGCACACCUGAACCAGCACAGGAAAACCCACACCCGUGGGAAGGUGCUGGAGUGCAAGUGUGGGCGGGCCCUCCGCCACCACGCAUCACUCUGCAGCACGUGAUUGUGCUGGGGAAUAGAAGCGCAGGAAACUGUCUUCCCGAGCAAUGAUCCAGUGACGCAAAUUAUUCACAGUGGAUAAAAAGCUUAUAAAUAAACCUUUAAUGCAUAAAAACCAAAUAAAACGUGCACCUUAAACUGGUAGCCUAUUACAUUCCGAGGAAGAAUAAUGGAUUAUUUUAUAAAAACCUUGAGUCAUGUUCCAAGUCUAAUCUAACAUGUUUUAAAGAAAUAAGCAGAAGUCUUAUAAGCAAUAAGCUAUUAUCAUUCACCUCUAAGUUCUAUGCUACAAAAACCUGUUAACCAAGGCAUGCUAUAGUAUACAUCAUCAAACCAAAUAAACAUGAAAGUAAUGUCCCUCAA